AUGGAAAACUAAAAUAUAAAAGUAAUAGUUAUAUCCUAGUAAAAUAGAAGAGUAAAACAAUUCACAAUUAGCAUUAAAGGAUCCAAAAUAAACUAUUAAAUUCCAAAUACAAUAAUUGUUUCAUCAAGCUAUGGAGAAUAGUCUAAUUCGUUUGCAUCAGGUAAAGAAUUAACACAAAAUUUAUAAACAAUUUCAUAAGCAUUCUCUCCAGAUUAAAAUAGUGCAUCUGGCAAAUUUAUAAAUCUUCUCAAGUAAUUUUAAAUUUUAUGCUACAUUUCAAAUUUUGUCUAAGUUUUACCUAUGAUCUACCUAAUCAAGGAGUACCUUCCUCCUAAAGUGAACUUUGCCUCUUUAUCAGGAGCAACAUUAGUUUUUAAUUAAACACCUCAACCAACACAGAUAUCAUUUGAUUCCUAAUAAUAUAGUAAUUUAUCUCAGUUUAAAUAGUUGUCUUAAUUUGCAUAUUUGUAAUGA